AUGAAAUAUACUUGCUCAACAACAGCUAGAGGUGCAGCUUGCUUUCCAGGUUCUAGCCAAAUUACUCUUGUUGAUGGUACAUUCAAACCACUCUCUUACAUUCAGAUUGGUGAUAAAGUACUUGUUAACAAAAACAAUACCUAUGAACCUGUCAUCUCAUUCAUACAUGCUAAACACAAAGGUUUAUUUGACUUUCUAUCAAUCCAAAUACAAUCAGCUGUGUCUAAUUUGUCUUCGACUCUUUAUGUUUCUGCUAAUCAUCUAAUUUUCGAUUUCGAUUCUGGUGAAGCAAAAUUCGCUGGAAAAUUUCAUGUCAGCGAUCAAGUGCAACUGAUUGAAAAUAAUCAAAUUGUGCCUGGUAAAAUCAUCAGUGUUCAAUUAACGAAACAAGAAGGAUAUUAUGCACCAUUAACUCCAUCAGGUACUAUUGUUAUUAAUGGAGUUCUUGCUUCAAAUUAUGCUACAGUAGGCAAUCAUGGUUUAGCUCAUAAAGUAAUGAGUAUAUAUCGAUGGUGGAUUCAUUUAAUUGGAGGAUCAAAAUGGAAUGAAGAAAUACCUUGUAUGUUACAAAUAAUGUUAACUAUUGAGCAAAUCAUUCGAUGGUGUAGUGGACAAAUAUUUACAAAUAGUGACAUUUAUGAUGGCAAAUUUCAAGUGUCUUCAUUAGCAUGA